AUUGGGUCAUGGCUGAAAUGUUUUUUGAGUUAAUUUUUUAAUCAUAAAAACCAAAACAAAACAAAAACAUCUCAUUUUGACAUUAUGAGUUAAAUUGUUGUUUUUGUGCUCUCGACGCAAGCUAAUGUAAUUGAAUCGUGAUUAUCAUAUAUUUUGCGCCAGAGUGGAUUUUUUUUUUUAAAUUUGCAAAUUGAAAAAAAAUCUGAUUUAUAACCUCACAUAUUCUCAGAAUAACCUUUACUUUCAUUCAAGCCAGUGUUUCCUCGCAAGGAACGAUGUGUAGCAAACUUUAUACACGCACUGUAUAUUCAAAAGAAAACAAGUUUCUGCAAACAAAAGUAAUAAAAACAAAUUCCACAAAAAUAUAAUUAAUAGAUUUUUGAGAGCAAUCAAUAUGCAUUAAGUUUCAACGAACAUCACGCACCAUCUGCCAAUUGAAAGUAGAGCUACUGUGUUAGCCAAACUACUACUACGACAAGGCGUGACUAGGGCAAUGUGUAAGCAAUUAAAUUGCUUCGUUAAAAGUUUGCCCCAGUCAUGGAACUACAGAAACUACGCUUCGCACUCCACAGCAUAGCACACACGCACACAGAAGGAACCUAUUAAUGGACGAGGUGAAGACUGUGCAACUGCGAAAUAAAAACGCUUAUUUAUUGUGUUUAAUACACUGACUCGCGCAGAACACGGGCAAAUGCAAAACUAGUAACUAAAUACGAGCAGUCACCAAGUGCGAAGGAAUGCAAGCGAAUGCCAACACUUGACUUACAUAUGUAAGGGGUAACCAAGUGACGUUGUGCGAUGCCUGGAACUUUUAAUAUCGACCAAACAACGCCACUCAACGAGUAAACAUAUAGUUGUUGGGUCUCUUGUUUGCCUUUGGCGUGUUUGUUGCGUGAAGCUGUCGAAAGUGCAACUGAAACUGACACAAAAGUGCAAAACGCCUUAAAGUCAAAGGUUGAUUUGGUUAUCCUGCGGUCGCGAUCUAAUGCUACCGCUGCAGCCACUAAGCAAGAGACGAACACUUCACGAAGGAUAACUGAGUGCUUGGCAAUUGCAUAUGUAGAAAUCUAUAUGAGUGUUAGACAAAGCGCAUAACUGCACACGUGAUUUCGGUAGCACGUUCAACGGUCGUAAGUGCUCGGUGUGCGGUGCUGCACUUUGGUGAGGCGUUGCGGCAGUUAUUUUUUUUAGCAUAAAAUACUGACAAAAAUAUGUGCUAUGUAAGUGCGAAAAAUACAAAAUUAAAAUUUACGACUAGCACGCGAGCUCAUAAGUCAAGUGGCGCAAGCAUCUUUUGCUAAGACUGAGAAGCCCACCACUUGUGGUAGCGGCGGUGACAGUGCAUCCAACUCGUGCUCCUCGAAAGCGUGUGUGAGUGCCAGUGGCUAAGAGGAGCGCCUCCGACACAGUGUUAUGUACAAUAAGUAAAUUAAAUUGAAACAAAAACAAAUCUCAAAGUCGCAUGUUUUAACUCGGUGAUGGCUUAGACUAGAUAUCAAAGGAAAAUGGGUGAUUCAGACAGCGAGGACAGCGAUGGCGAGGGUGGUCUUGGCAAUGUCUCACGCGUGAUCAUACGUCCACCCGGGCAGAGUGGCAAGGCCAAGCGCGGCCAUCUUUGUUUUGAUGCUGCUUUUGAGACGGGGAAUCUCGGCAAAGCCGAUCUGAUUGGCGAUUUUGAGUACGACUUGUUUUUAAGGCCGGACACUUGUAAUCCUCGCUUUCGUUUCUGGUUCAAUUUCACUGUGGACAAUGUGAAACAAGAUCAGCGCGUACUUUUCAAUAUCGUCAACAUAAGUAAUCCGCGUAAUUUGUUCAAUUCUUCACUGGUGCCGCUGGUGAAGUCUUCCAGCCGUCCCAAAUGGCAACGCUUGCCGAAGAAGAAUGUUUUCUACUAUCGCUCGUUGUUGCAUCAAAAUCAUUAUGUGCUGAGUUUUGCAUUCUCUUUCGACAAGGAAGAUGACGUGUAUCAAUUUGCAGUUGCACCGCCUUACAGUUACUCGCGGCUUCAGUCGUAUUUGAAUGUGAUCGACGCACGACAAACGGAGCCAAGAUUCGUACGCAGUGUGCUGACGAAGAGUGUGCAAAAGCGAAAUCUUGACCUGCUCACGAUUGACCACGUCACCGCCAAAACAAAAGCGUCGCGCCUGGAUCGCGGAUUCAUACGCAUCAUUGUAAUUUUAUGUCGUGUACAUCCCGGAGAUACGCCGGCCUCCUUUAUGUGCCAAGGAUUUAUUGAGUUUAUUACAAGCAAUCACCCGAUUGCCGUUGUGCUGCGCGAUAAUUUCGUCUUCAAGAUAGUGCCGAUGGUAAAUCCGGACGGUGUCUUUUUGGGCAAUAACCGCUGCAAUUUGAUUGGACAGGAUUUAAAUCGCACAUGGCAUGUGGCCACUGAAUUUUCUCAACCCACGCUAUAUGCCGUAAGGAAUAUGCUUAAGGAACUCGACAACUCUGACAUUUAUCAGAUUGACUUCGUCAUUGACCUGCAUGCGAAUUCCAGUCUGCAUGGCUGCUUUAUUUACGGCAACACAUACGACGAUGUCUACCGACAUGAACGCCAUCUGGUGUUUCCGCGUUUGUUCGCCGCCAAUGCGCCCGACUACGUGGCCGAGAAUACAAUGUACAAUGCGGACGAGAAGAAAGUUGGUUCUGCGCGCCGUUAUUUCUGUGAGCGGCUUAGCGAUACGGUGAACGCCUACACCGUCGAGGUGUCCAUGAGUGGCCACUACUUAAAGGAUGGCAAAACUGUUGCGCUCUACAACGAAGAUGGCUAUUACCGUUGUGGUCGCAAUUUGGCGCGCACCUUCCUUCACUACUACCGUUUCAUUAAUGUGUUGCCCACGCCCGUGGUAUCCGAGGCGCGUUUACGUCGACGCAAUCGCCCGCGUACGCAUCACUCACGUUCACGCUCGCGCACUCGAUACGAAGUGAAGCCACGGCCGAAGACAACACGCUGUUAUGCACCGAUUGCGUACACGAACCUCUCAAUUCAUUAUGACUCUGGUGGGGGAUCGUCCGAUGAGGGUGGCUUCUCCCCCACACGUCCCAUAGCGCCGGGUAGCAGUCUUUUCAGCGGCUACCGUAAUUAUCGACGCAUACACGGCAGUUCGGCGGUGACGCACGAUCAGUACGCACUGCUGGCGCUUAAGUCAACGAAACACGAUCAUUUGGGCGACUUUGGCGGUGCUGGCAGAGCGCAUGCGUAUCAGCAAGCGCGUGCGGCAACGGCUGAAAAGUCAGGCAAAUCGGUGACCUUCGAGCAGCCGCUGAAUGUGCCGCCGAAGCCGUAUUUAUCCAUCAUUGAUCUCAAUCAGCUGACGCGCGGUAGUUUGGAUCGCAAGUCGGGCAGCUUUGAUGUCGACCAUCGUUGACGAAAACCGCAGGUAGACGGACGGUGUGCAAGUAGAUAGAAUAACAAAUUUUUCUCUCGAAAAAUUAUAGUUAAAUUUCAAUAUACGAUUUUUUAAUUAAUCCAUUACGCUUCGUUACCUUUUCUAUGCAAGAAACUUGAACGCUAUUAAUAAUUAUUAUACACUUUUUGCGCAAAAAAAUUUUCUCUAUGAAAACAAAAAUCUCAUUAAGUAAAUAAAUAAACAAACGCUGCGAAUAUUUUGUUUACUUUAAAAGUGUGUACAGAUGGGCUUGUGUGCAUGCCAAUGAUUUGUGUACAUUAAAUUUAGAAUGCAUCUCAGGGUCGCUGCCUCUUGUGUAUUUACAUGUAUGUAUGUAUAUGCAUAUAUAAUAUAAUACAUAUAAUACAAAUCAUUUUGGCAUUUUGACUAUAGCAUAAAUUCUCUUUGCAUAUCUGGUGUUAAGGAAGCUUAUGCUUACUCAGAUGGUAAGCUCUUUGGCGUCGCUAUUAAUUUAUCGAUCUAAAAGCAAAAUAAUAGUUAUAAUUUACGCUGACUUGUUUAUUUUGCCUUCGUUGACAAUUUCUGUGAAUCGCAGCCAACAAAACCGCAGCUGGUCGUAAUAAAUAUAUAUGAAACUGUAAAUUAUACCUCAACGUGACCGUAGCAGAGUGAAUUGAGAGAAAUUCAUAUGCAAGUCGAAAAUUAUAAAUUUUGCUUCUAACGGCUGUGUCAUCCCAAAAGUAUUUUCAAUUAUUCUAGUUCAAACCCCAGUA